AUGGCCUUCCAGCAAUCCUCCAACCUCGAAUCCCAGCCGACCAACUGGCGGCGCUCCGACGACCCCCAGUACGCCGACGACCCCGAGUUCAAGCGCUUCACCAGCGAGCUGUCCGACAAGCUGUUCUCGCUGACCAGCAACGUGACGCGGCUCUCGAACCAGAUCGCGCUGCUGGGCACGAAACGCGAGACGGAGCGGGUGCGCGAGCGGGUCAAGGACCUCAUCGACGAGACGAACAGCGCGUUCAAGGAGAUUGGAGAGGGGCUGAAGAAGCUUACCACGUGGCCUGAUUUGGGGCCCUCUCAGAAAUUCACCCAAGGAAAACUAAACCGCGAGUUCAAAGCCUCCCUAACCGAAUUCCAAGUCCUCCAACGCACCGCCAUAGAAAAGCAGCGCUCUUCCGCAUCCGCCGCACGCGCGGCCCUCGACGCCGAAGCCCGCCCCAGCUCCCCCACAAGCCCGCAACAGACCCAACAACAGCAACAAGAACAACUCCGCCUCGCCUCCCAAGACGACGUCGACUUCCAAGAGUCCCUCAUAAUCGAGCGCGAGUCCGAGAUCCGCAACAUCGAGCAGUCGGUCGGCGAGCUGAAUGAAUUGUUCAGAGACGUUGCGCACAUGGUGCACGAGCAGGGGGAGCAGCUGGACAUUAUUAGCGAGAAUGUCGAGACUGUGAGGGACGAUACGCGCGGCGCGCAUGUGGAGCUCACGGCGGCGAGCCGGCACCAGAAGAAUGCGCGGAACAAGGCGUGUUGUUUGCUGCUGAUACUGGCGGUUGUGCUGACGGUCGUCAUCCUGGCUGUGGUGCUGGGGUAG